AUGGAUGCGCCGCUAGACGGGCUGGCCUGUCUUCACUUUGCCCUCAUCUACAUCGAUGACAAUGGGAAAUUGCGCUUCGAAGCCUCACAGUCGAUCGCGAACAAUUGCCAGAGCAUUCUUUCCCCCAAUGUGACGGAGAACUUUCUGCGCGCGGUGGCGUUGUCGGGCAAAGGUGAUCCAUCCAAACUGCUCGAUGAUGUCCGAGGCAGAAGCCCACUCUCGCCAGAAUCCCCCAGCACCAACGAUCUAUCCGCUAAAUCAAUGUUCCACUCCACCCCCGAACCCCCACAAUCCAAGCGGAAGCGCGUGUCCCACGAAUGUCUCGUCCCCAUGAGCAUCACCUGUCAUCAGAAAUCCAUGUUGCCCGUCCGCAACACCGGCCUUCUGCGCAGAUACUACGAGAAAGCCUUCGACAGCCUGCAGCAGAUCAACUGCCGCAUCCUUGCCAAAGCAUACAUCAAGCUCGUGGAGCCCCGGAAACAGGUCAAUUAUCCAUACAAUGGACGCAAGAUCAUCUCCGGCUCAUCGCAGCAAUUUGACCCCGAGCUGACCAAGCCCGCCUGGUGGCCGUCGGGCGUCACUCACCGCGAGCCAGACCAUCUUCUCAAAGCAGAGCGAAUCCGUCUUCUUGUCCACAUUCUCUGCGAGCUGCGUGAAAGCCACUCCAUCUGCGUGGAGAAACUCAAAGAGGCAGACCAAUCAGUUCGCCGACAAAUCGCCCCCGUCGAGCGCAUCCCCGUGCUCGACGAAAUUUACCACGUCCGAGAAGAAGAGGAGCGAUACCUAGACGGCCGAACAGAUGGCUCCACCGUAGUCUGCGUCUCGCGCGUCCACCUUCCUGAAUUGACCGACUCCCAAACAUUGGGCUCGCCCACUCAAGCCCUCAAAGACGGCAACCCCGUCUACAGAAAGGAAAUCCCCGAUCUUGAAUCUCACACAUCCGUCUUCCCCUCCACUUCCACCAGCUCCCCUUUGACCUCAAAGCCACCCACCUCCAAAACCUCAGACCCAUGCAAGCCCCCAAUCCCAACAACAUGGGAUACCAGCGCAUCGGCCUCAUUCGCACCUCUCAAGCGACACCGCGAGGGUGACUACCCACUUGAUCUCUCCGGUGGAUCCAUGUUCCACCAAGAGCAAUCGUCAACAGCAGCAGCAACCACCUUAGACGCAAACCCAUAUUCGAUGAAGUACUACCCGCACAGUCAGGCACAGCAGUCAUUGCCUGUGUUGGGGUUAUCCGGGACAGAACUCGGAGGAUGCGCGCAUCCAUACUAUUUUAAUUAUUAG